CCAUCAGCCAAGUAUGGUGGACGGCACACAGUGACUAUGAUUCCUGGGGAGAGCAUCGGGCCUGAACUUAUGUCACAUGUCAAAUCUGUGUUUGCACAUGCAUGUGUGCCUGUGGAUUUUGAAGAGGUACAGUUAUCCUCUGCUUGUACUGUAGAGGACUUUCACAAUGUCAUCUUGUCCAUCCGUCGAAAUGGUGUGGCACUAAAAGGCAACAUUGCAACUGAUCAUAACCUGCCAUCAACUCACACCUCCCGUAACAGUGUGCUUCGCACCUCCUUGGAUCUCUAUGCCAAUGUCAUCCAUUGUAAGAGUCUCCCAAGUGUGCUUACCCGGCACGACAAUAUAGAUAUCAUUGUCAUUCGGGAAAACACAGAGGGUGAGUACAGCAACCUGGAACAUGAGAGUGUGAAUGGAGUGGUAGAGAGCUUAAAGAUCACCACUGAGGCCAAGUCUUUGCGCAUUGCUGAAUAUGCCUUCCAGCUGGCGCAGGAGAUGGGGCGCAAGAAAGUGACAGUUGUGCAUAAGGCCGAUGUCAUGAAACUGACAGAUGGUCUGUUCCUCCAGUGCUGUGCUGAGAUGGCAUCACACUAUCCUCAGAUCACCUUUGAGACGAUGAAUGUGGACUACACUACCAUGCAGCUGGUAAUCCGGCCCCAGCAGUUUGAUGUCAUGUUGAUGCCUAAUCUUUAUGGCAAUAUUAUCAGCAAUAUUUGCACGGGGUUGGUUGGGGGAGCAGGCCUCGUGCCUGGAGCCAACUAUGGCCAAAUGUAUGCAGUGUUUGAGACAGGUGUAAGGCAAACAAGCAAGAAGACAACCAGUAAGAAUAUUGCCAAUCCUAUUGCCAUGCUUCUGGCAAGUUGUAUUAUGCUAGAUUACCUUGCACUUAACUCCUAUGCUACCUCCAUUCGCAAUGCAGUCUUGGCGUCCAUGGACAACAAAAAUAUCCACACACCAGACAUUGGAGGGUGUGGUACCACAUUGGAAAUCAUUCAGAACAUUAUAAACCACAUCUGCUAA